AUGAGAUUCUCAAUUUUGUUAGUUUUGGCUUUGCUGAUCGUUGUGGCGAGUACGGUAAGCGUAACUUUUUUAUUAAAAUAUUCUACUUUUUUUCCAGUGUAAAUCCAAUGGUUCUUGUGGUUGUUGUGGUUGCCGCGCAAAAGCAAAAGCUCGUGCUGCAAAUCGCGUCAACAUUGAUGAAUUCGACCCAAAAGAUGAUGGAAAUAUUUUUGGACUCGAAAUCUGGAAUGACACCAAAAUUCAUGUGAAUGAUAAUAAUGUGGCUAGACUUACGGUAAGUACAGUAAUCUGAAAAUUGAAAUACUAACUAUAUUUUUUAUAUUAGAACCCCAAUCAUCUCUUCCAUUUGUGUUGUGAGAAUCGAAAACUUCCGGCGGCUUGUGUUCAAAAAUGUCAUUUCAAUGUUUAUGAUAAGCAAGUGGUAAGUUUUUGCAUUUUAAAAAAAAUUAGGGAAGGAAUAUUUUCAGCUCGAAAACAUAUUUAUUGGAACUGAUGAUUGUCCAUUGGAUUUCUUGCCAGAAAUGCAAUUUUGUGCCGCGCAAGGAAAGGAUCAUCGAGAGGUGAGAGCUGAGAGAUUUAGUGAAAAUAGUUUUGAUCUACAUCGAAAAAUCUGAGAUUUAGUGUUGUAAAUCAAUUUUUCAGUGUUGCACUGCUCGCGGAGUUGGUGACACUCCAGCUGGCUCAAAAUGUCUAACUUUCUGCGAUCAACGUCCUGAUAUUUAUACACCAAUCGAUUAUAGUUAUUCACCGUGUUUGGAUCGUUUCGAAGAUAUGAAACAAUGUUUCUACAAUGAUAUUCGAAAAUCCGCGAGACGACAUUUUAUUCCGAAACUUAACAAGAAUCUGGAAUUUUAG